CCAUCUCUAGCAAGCGUACCGGAAUGGAAAAAAGAUUUUAAUUGAGCUGAUUUUUGCACAUUUUCACGAGUUUUGGGGGCCAGAGAACCCUUAUUCGCCGCUCAGUUUGUUGGCUCUAGGCCACCGCAAGCGCAACCAUGUCCAACUGCAUAGAGAUUCCCCUGCAGGACACCGAUGAGGUGAUCGAGGUGGACCCGGAUCAACUGCCCGACUGUCCGGAGGUGCUGAGCAUUCUCAAGCAGGAGCGGGCGCCCCUGCAUGUGUGGGUGAAUGUGGCGCUGGCCUACUACAAGCAAAAGAAGACGGAGGACUUUGUCACGCUGCUGGAGGAGUCGCGCAGCGAUGACGCCACCAAGGAUUACCGCGACUCCGACAAGGACCUCAUGCGCGCCCUGGAUAUGCUGGCGGCCCACUACGUCCAGGAGGCCUACCGCGAGAAGUCCAAGGACAAGAAGCGCGAGCUCUUCAUGAAGGCCACCAAUCUGUACACGAGCGCCGACAAGAUCAUCAUGUACGACCAGAGCCAUCUGCUGGGCAGGGCCUACUUCUGCCUGCUGGAGGGCGACAAGAUGGACCAGGCCGAUGCCCAGUUCAACUUUGUGCUCAACCAGUCGCCCUCGAAUAUUCCCUCGCUGCUGGGCAAGGCGUGCAUUGCCUUCAAUCGCAAGGACUACCGCGGAGCGAUGGCCUUCUACAAGAAGGCGCUGCGCACCAAUCCGAAUUGCCCGGCGAACGUGAGGAUUGGCAUGGCCCACUGUUUCCUCAAGAUGGGCAAUCCCGAGAAGGCCAAGCUGGCCUUUGAGCGAGCCCUGCAGCUGGAUCAGCAGUGUGUGGGCGCCUUGAUUGGCCUGGCGGUGCUUAAGCUCAAUCAACUGGAGCCCGAGUCCAACAAGCUGGGUGUCCAGAUGCUGUCGAAGGCCUACACCAUCGACAAUGCCAAUCCCAUGGUGCUCAAUCACCUGGCCAAUCACUUUUUCUUCAAGAAGGACUACCAGAAGGUCCACCACCUGGCGCUGCACGCCUUCCACAACACCGAGAACGAGGCGAUGCGCGCCGAGAGCUGCUACCAGCUGGCCAGGAGCUUCCACGCGCAGAGCGACUACGAUCAGGCCUUCCAGUACUACUAUCAGUCCACUCAAAUUGCGCCGGCCAACUUUGUGCUGCCUCAUUACGGCCUGGGCCAGAUGUACAUCUAUCGCGGGGACACUGAGAAUGCUGCUCAGUGCUUCGAGAAGGUGCUGAAAAUCCAGCCGGGCAACUACGAGACCAUGAAGAUCCUCGGCUCGCUGUAUGCGCACUCCAACUCGCAGACCAAGCGUGACAUGGCCAAGACGCACCUGAAGAAGGUCACCGAACAGUUUCCCGAGGACAUCGAGGCCUGGAUUGAGUUGGCCCAGAUCCUGGAGCAGAACGACCUGCAGGCCUCGCUGAAUGCCUACGGCACUGCCUCCAGUAUUUUGCGGGACAAGGCCAAGUACGAGAUUCCCGCCGAGAUCCAGAACAACGUGGCCUCGCUGCACUACCGCCUGGGCAACCUGCGCAUGGCCAAGGACACCCUGGAGUCGGCCCUCAAGCACGCCACCUCGGAGAUGGACAAGGACGUCAAGUACUACGAGUCCAUUCAGGUCACCAUGAAGUACAAUCUGGCCCGGCUGAACGAGGCCAUGAGCAGCUACGAUGUGGCCGACAAGCUGUACAAGGAGAUCUUGAAGGAGCAUCCCAACUACAUUGACUGCUACCUGCGGCUGGGCUGCAUGGCCAGGGACAAGGGUCUGAUUUUCGUGGCCUCGGAUUUCUUCAAGGACGCGCUGAACAUCAACAACGACAAUCCGGAUGCGAGAUCCCUGCUGGGCAACCUGCAUUUGGCCAAGAUGCAGUUCGCCUUGGGCCAGAAGAACUUUGAAACGAUUCUCAAGAAUCCGGCUACAUCCACGGAUGCCUACUCAUUGAUUGCCCUGGGUAACUUUUCCCUGCAAACGCUCCAUCAGCCGAGCAGGGACAAGGAGAAGGAGCGGAAGCACCAGGAGAAGGCUUUGGCUAUAUUCAAGCAGGUCCUCCGCAACGAUCCCCGCAACAUUUGGGCCACCAACGGCAUUGGCGCCGUGCUGGCCCACAAGGGCUGCGUGAUCGAGGCGCGCGACAUCUUCGCCCAGGUGCGCGAGGCCACCGCCGACUUUUGCGACGUCUGGCUGAACAUUGCGCACGUCUAUGUGGAGCAGAAGCAGUACAUCAGCGCCAUCCAGAUGUACGAGAACUGCAUGAAGAAGUUCUACAAGCACAACAACGUCGAGGUGAUGCAAUAUCUGGCCAGGGCCUAUCUGCGGGCCAACAAGCUGGUCGAGGCCAAGGCCGUGCUACUCAAAGCGCGAAGAGUUGCGCCCCAGGACACCGUGCUGCUGUUCAACAUUGCCGUGGUGCUCUCGCGUCUGGCCAUGGCCAUACUCAAGGACGAGAAGUCCACGCUGGAAGUUGUGCUGCAGGCGGUCCACGAACUAGAGCUGGCUCAGAAAUACUUCCAAUACCUGUCCGUGCACGGCGACAAGAACCGCUUCAACAUCGAGGUGGCCGGCAUCGAGGCCAACACCUGCCAGGAUCUGCUCUCCCAGGCGCAGUACCAUGUGGGCCGUGCCCGGCGCAUCGACGAGGAGGAUCGCUCGCUGCGCCGCAAGCAGGAGGAGGAGCGCGAGGCCUUCAAGGUCAAGGUGGCCGAGCAGCGCAAGCGACGCGAGGAGGAGGCCAAGACCUCCAGGGACCAGUUGCUGGCCAAGCGACAGGAGUACGUGGAGAAGACCAAGAACAUGCUCAUCAUAGCCGAUUCGGCGCCGGAAAAGGGGAGCAAAAAGGGAGGCGGGCGACCGCGCAAGGAUGACUACAUCUCCGGCAGCGACAGCGACAACGAAGGACCGCGACGCGAAGGCGAGCGUCCCACCAAGAAGAAGAGCAAGGGGGAGCGCAAGAAGGGCAGCGGCGGAAGAAAGCGCAAGACGGAGAAGUACGAGAGCGACAGCGAGGAAGAGCCAAGGGGCAGUGGUGGAAAAUCGGGCGGCAAGAAGAAGGGCAAGAAGCCCAAGCCGGUUAAGGAGACCAAGGAGAAGCUCUCCGCGAAGCAGCGCCUCAAGGUGCUGUCCAAGGAGACGAUCUCCACGAGUGAAUCCGAAUCGGACGGCAAGCGCAGCAAGAGCAGGAGCAGAAGCCGCAGCAGGAGCAGGAGCAGGAGUGGCAGUGCCUCCGGCAGCGGCAGUGAUCGUGAUGCCAGUCGCAAGCGCAGCAGGAGCAGAAGUGGCUCGGGAUCGGGCAGCGACAGUGAUGGGGCCACCAAGCGCAAGCGGGCCAAGAACCGCAUCGAAUCUGGCGGAGAAUCGGACAGGUCUGGCUCCCGUUCGCGCUCAAGAUCGCGCUCCAAGUCGGGCUCUCGCUCAAGAUCGCGCUCCAAGUCGGCUUCCCGCUCGAGAUCGCGCUCCAAGUCGGGUUCGAGGUCGAGAUCUCCCUCCGGGAGCCGCUCCAAGUCGGGUUCCCGCAGCAGGUCGGGAUCUCCAGACAAAUAAUCCACAAUUUAAAUCACUUUUGACUAUAUUUAGAGUUUCCUUCGAGAGAUGCAAAAAGAUACUAAUAAAAACGAACUAAUUGCCACACACAAA